AUGACUCGACCCACGCGGCGCAAGCCCAAAGAGUACAAAUACUCGAGGUACACGUACAAGCAGAAGCAUGUUAUCUUGCAAUACCGGGACUCCCACACUACCGCGGAAACCAUCGACCGCUUCUUCUCCGGCGUGGCAGCCUAUGCUGAGUCCAUCAACGUCGAGUUGAUCAAGGUGCCUCCAUCCUUUACGUUUGUAUGCCAGCCUGCGGAUCUACUGCUGACUCACUCAUUGAAAGUGAUUUGGAUAUGGAUGACGCCCUCUUUGCCGCUCUAG